CCCGCUUUGCGUCGAAACGGCGGGAAAUUCGUUCCGGAUGACGGAGUCAAGAUGGGAUCAGUCUCCACUGGCAAAUCGCUAGCCAGGCUUCGACGCGGCGGCGCCGGCGGGACAUUAUCUCAUUUUCUCGCUACUAAGUGGGUUGCAUACGCAUCGCCGAUUUCGUCCUCCUCCUAUUCUUUCAGCUCCGCCGCUUCCGUUGCCUCUUCAUCUGGUUUUCAACCAUCGCCGCCUUCUUCUGAAAUAGAAGGGAAAUCCUCUAGGUGGUCAAAAUGGUUUCUAUUCCUACCUGGAGCGAUCACAUUUGGUCUUGGAACUUGGCAGAUUUUCAGAAGACAAGAGAAGAUAAAAAUGUUGGACUAUCGAGAGAAGAGACUGCAGAUGGAGCCUUUAAAAUUCAGCAGUGCAUCUCCAUCUGCUGAAGAAUUGGAUUCUCUAGAAUUCAGGAAGGCGGUCUGCAAAGGAGUUUAUGAUGAUAAAAAAUCAAUCUUUGUGGGUCCACGUUCGAGAAGUAUUUCAGGAGUGACUGAAAAUGGCUACUAUCUUAUAACACCUCUUAUGCCGGCUCCCAGUUGUCCAGACAGCGUGAGUUUUCCAGUAAUAGUCAACAGAGGAUGGGUUCCACGCAGUUGGAGAGAUAAGUUUGUUGAAGCUUCUCAAGAUGGUGAGCAGUCUUCAGAACCACUCCCCUCUCCAUUGCAGGCUGGUGGAACAAAAUCCUGGUGGAGAUUUUGGUCUAGAAAACCUGAUAUCACUGAGGUGUUGUCAUCAUUCUGGAUCUAG